AUGACUCCAAAAUCUGACGUCAAGGUGAAAAAGUUGAGAAAGCCACCUACCUCCGGACCAAUCCUCCUAGAAAACCGUGACAACACCAUCUGCUAUCUUAACUCCGCCCUCAACCUACUCUACACAAUCAAAAAAAUUCGUCACCAUCUGGAAACGGGAGAUUUGAAAAAUGAUGUUAUUUUGAAGGAAAUAAAAGAAAUUUUCAACCGUAGAAAAAGGUCGGCUCGAAAGCUAGUCAACCUACUGAACAUGCGUCACGGAGCACAAAGUUGUCAUGAAGUCGUGAAAAAAAUUGUGCGGCUCCUUCCCCCGGAUAUCCAGUGCUCUCUGAGUCUUCAACACCAAAAAAUGACUCGAUGCGAGAAAUGUGGUGAGAAGCUCCUCCCCCGUAAGAAAAUGGUGCAAUCCGUCGAAAUUCUGCUGCCAGAGGAUAAACCGUACACUCUCAAAAGGUUACUAGUGAAUCAAAGUACACCAAGAUCAUGCACAAAGUACCGGGAGGUUCAGGAAGUGUUCGACGUGUACCGGGUUACUGUGGAUAGUAAGACAAUGAUAGUGAACGUGCUGCAAUCGGAUCCGAUGGAGAUAAAGAAUUUGGAUACGGACGGGGUGAUGGAGGUGUUCGGAGGGAAAUGGAUUUUGAGAGCCGCCAUCAUCUACCUCCCUGACACCAAUCGAAAAUAUGACUAUGGCGAGAACGGUCACUCGAUUUCCUGGACGAAGCAUGGUCAGAAAUGGUACAGAGUUUCAGAUGACAAAUCAGAGGAGUUUGAGAAAUUUGAUGCGAGUCGAUUGGAUGUAGAGAUGAUGAUUUUUGAGAGGGUUUAG